AUGACAUCAGGGACUGGGACGCCGAGUGCAUGGAAACGAGGUUCUUUGCGCAGACGAGAGGUCUCCCUAGCCGGUCACGUGAACAAGUUCGGCACGCGUAUCGUGAUUGACAGGUUUGGCAAGUGCAGAUGGAUCUCACCCGCUACAUUCCGCAGCGCAUGCGCAAUAAAUGUCCGUUCAUGGCCUUUUGAUACUCAGACAUUCUCAUUGGAAUUUGGUUCUUAUACCAUGACCACUACAAUGCUGAACAUCUCGAUACUAAUGCAAAAGACUAGAAUUGCAGGUGAGUUAGUGUACGUCCAGCUGUGCCCUCACUAUGUGAACAUCGAAGACAUCGACAUCAGCACACAAGAGAAGAAGUACAGUUGCUGUGACCCUCCAUUUAGUGUCAUCUCGUUCCACCUGACCCUCUCACGCAAGCCUUAUUACUACCUCCUUUACAUCCUGACGCCCUGCAGCGUACUGUGUCUGCUCACCCUCACGAGUUUUCUCAUACCGUCUCACAGCGGCGAGAGGAUCGGUUUCAUCACGACCUUGUUGCUCGCCAUGACCGUCUACCUGCUACUUGUUCAAGAGAUGCUACCGGAGACUUCAGAAGAGUUCCCUUUGAUCGGGUUACUCAUCAUCGUGGUGAUAAUAGAGACAGCAGCCAUUCUCCUGUUGACUGUUAUUGUUCUGAGGUGUUUCCAUAAGGAAGGCACUCCUCCGCAAUGGCUUCUGAAGGUGCUUAGACUUGGGGAUUGUGUUUGUGUAAGAACACCCAGGAAAGUGUUUGUGAAAGGAAAAGAAGCAGGAGACCUCGACGAUAAAGUUGCUCAAGAUAAUUCAGGGCUUGAGGCAACAGAGACACAAGCACGGUGGCAGAGUGUGUCUGAGCGCUUGGAUGUGAUUUUCUUCUUUAUCUGUGCCAUUACGAUGAUCGUCACCUAUUCAGUGUUACUUAGAGGAUAAAAAUACAUGGAACUUUCAUUGGAUAAACUUGUGUAUAAUUUAGUAUAUUACUUCGGUGCCACUAAAUACAGUGUCACUGAAAUUAUGAAAAUAGUACAUUGCAACAUACACCGAAGGAACGUUUAUGUGAGCCUAUAUAUACAUCUUCUCUCCUGUGCACCAAGAUGAUGGUCACCUGAUACAUUUCUUAUUCAGGUAAAAACCGUACCACACACUUCCUGGCAAUGCACACAAGUCAGUGCAAACUGCAAACGGCAUGUGGCAAAUUUGAACAAAAUAACGGAAAUGACUUUUUUUUCACCCUCCCAAGAAUCCUUGCAUUGUCGCUGCUGUAUUUCAUCAGUGAAAAAUCCUAGACAUUUUGACAAUGCGACGCGCGCUAGCGUGGUCACCUUGGCCAACCAAUAAGAAUGCAAGAAACGUGCUUCGUGUCAAUCAAAAUUGUGAUUUUCGCAUGCUUAUUGGCUGACUUAUAUUUAAUUUAUGCAUGUUUGCUUGUUUAUGGAGUGUGAGAUUCUUGUAAAUUUAUGUACACGUGUGACAUUCAAUGUUCGGACACAAAUUGACUACUUUGCCGUGUA